AUGAUAUUGAUUUGCGGGAGGAAUGAAAACUAUCUUUCAAUAGGUUUCCCUUCAAAUGAGUGGGCUGAUGGUUCAGAUGGUGCACAUGAGGCCGUCUUCUUCAGGGGUGUAAUGCCUCCAUUUAUUUGGAAAUUACAGCGUCUGCUCGGAAUUGGUAAAGAGAGAGCAAUAAUCAAAUCUCAAAAAAUAAUAGAUGAAAAGUACGGAAAAGCCAUUGUUGAAAAGAGAGAUGAGUUCCUUGCAGGAGGAGUUCUAUCUGAUAAUUUCUUAUCUUUUUACAUAAAAACUCUAGCAGUAGCAGAUGAGAGUAGUAUCUUUUCUUCUUUGGCUAGGAUAGACAAUUUUCUUAGAGAUGAAAUGCUGAAUGCUUUCUUGGCCGGACGGGAUACAAUGAAAUCUGCUCUCACUUGGUUGUUCUGGUUAGUGUCGAUAACACCUUCAGUCCAAGCAAAAAUCUCGGAAGAGUUGAAUUCUGUAUUGUGUUCGCAGAAGAAGGGGAAAGAAACAACAAGUACUCAUACAUGGCCGUGCGUUUUCGAUUCAGACGACUUGAAAGAUUUAGUUUACUUGCAUGCAGCUAUAUGUGAAUCCUUAAGGUUAUAUCCACCACUUCCUGUCAACCGAAAAUCGGUUGUCAAGAAAGAUGUACUUCCCGGUGGGAGUGUGGUGACUCCUGGAAUGGAGAUACUGCUUUCAUUCUACUCAGUAGGAAGAAUGCCAUGGAUUUGGGGUGAAGAUUGUUUAGAAUUUAAGCCGCAGAGAUGGAUAGAUGAAAAUGGGAAGCUGAUUGUGGUACCGACAUCCAAAUUCCCAGCGUUCGGCUCUGGAGCAAGAAGUUGUUUAGGUAGAGAUACAGCUUUUACACAGAUGAAGUCUGUUGUUGCAGCUGUGCUAUUCAACUUCCAUGUUAAGGUGGUGGAAGGUCAUCAUGUUUGCCCUACACAGACCCCCAACCUUUACAUGAAACAUGGAUUGCAAGUGAAUAUUAAGAAAAGAACAGUUUAG